AUGGGCAAUCGUGUUAAUCGUCCAAGAUUCAUAGAAUGGGAUUUAGAUCAUCUGGAAAAAAUCACAACUUUAUCGAAACAACAAUAUUUAAACCUUUAUGAUCAAUAUCAGAACGAUGAAGCAUGGGGUGGUCAAAACAUGGAUGAUAAAUUAUUUUUUCAAAAAUAUGAUGAAAUGCUACCAGGCGAGCAGACGAAAGCAGAAAGUGAUCGAGCAUUUCAUACAUUUGAUUACAAUAAUUCAGGUAAGUUGUCAUUUGAAGAAUUUGUUGGUGUUGUUGUUGUAUUAAAUAAUGGCUCAACAACAUUCGAUCGAAUCAAAUAUUUGAUCGAUCAAUACAAUCCGACUAAAGGUGAUAAUCACAUUAGAAAAGAUUUUGGUAAACUGAUAUUUGAGCGUUUAAAUAAAUAUUAUGGUAUUAAUAAUGUCGAUCCAGCAUCAGCAUGGUCAGAAUUAGUUGGAAGCAGUGAAGGAAAUACCGAUCAAGUUAGUUGUGGCAAGUUUUUCGCCUUUAUUAAUGGACAUCCGGUUUAUGGUACAUAUAUUCAACAAUAG